CCGUUAGUCAUUCGGGGAACGCCUUAAGACUAAUACAAGCUGCAGGACUGCUAACAGAUUCUCGUAAUCUUGACGGAAAGUUUGGGUUACUAUUGAUCUGUGUAAAUGUAAUGCUCUGAUUUGGGAUUUAAAAUGAGAGACAUCCUGAAGAAACUAAGAUGUGGGGGAGGCACAUCGGCGGCUGCAAAGAGGGCUAGUGAUACGUACGAAGAGCCGAAAGAUAGCGAAACAGAAGAAGACCAAAAUGGUUCUAAUGAAAUCGAAAGAGAUAGACAAGAAGAGGAAAAGAAGCAACUGAUUGAGGAAGAGCCGGUGGAUAAUACCAAGACAGAGAAGGUCAGCAGUGACGUCAUAGGUCAAGAUCAGAAUCAUGUAGAAGACGAGAAUUCAGUGAAGAAUGAGGAAGAAGUAGAGAAAAAGUCGGAAGAAAAAGUAGAAGAAGUGGAAGAAGAAAAUGAUGAAAAUCACUGUGAUGCAGCAGCAGAAGAAGAUGAACAGGAGGCAGAGGAAGGAGAAAAUUUAUUAAAGGAAGACGGCGAGAAGACGAAGGAAAGGAACGAAAAGAAGAGUAAAAAGAAAGAGGGAAGUCGCUGGAUAUGUGGGCUUGGAAAAAAGUCAAGCAAAGAAAAACCAGAAAAGAAAAAAAAGGAAGAAAAGAAAUCCAAAAAAAGUAAAAAUGAAAGUAGUGAAGAGGGAGAUAAAGAUGGACUUACUGAAAAUGAGAAAAAGCUUAUAAAUGGAGAUGAAGAAGAAGGUCAAGAAGAAGGAAAUGAGAAGGACUCAGAAGAAAAAAAAGAAGAUAACGAAGAAAAGGCAACAUCCGAAGGCAAAAAGGAAGAAACCAUUAUGAACGAAGAAGUUGUUGUUUUCGUGACUGAGAGCGAGGCCGUUGUAGAGGAAGCACACCAUACCGAGACAAAUGUAGAAGCAAAAGACCAAUAUUGCAUUAAAGGAGAUGGCCUAGUUAAGGGUGUCAAAGGAAAAGCAACGUCAUUUCAAAUAACCUCAAAUAACGAAGACGUUUUCAGUUUUACAUGCAAAGUUCAAGAUGCCAAUGGAAAUGAGGUUGCUGUUGAAAUCGAAAGCGUCGAAGGCAACGUCCACAAAGCAACAUAUUUUCCCAGUACAUCAGGCUUACACUCAAUCGAGGCUCUCUGGAAAGGGGAGCCAGUAGCUGGUAGCCCUUUUCAAGUCAACAUUACUGAAAAUGAAGGUGAAUAAGGUUUUGGUGAAAAGAGACGUUAGAGAGAGUAUUUUAACGUUACCUUUGUCACAUUCCUAGGACAUUAUUUUACAGAUUGCUAAACUUGUGCUAACUUAAGCUAAAAUAAAUUGUAAACUGGAUUUACUUUUUGAAUUUAACUUAGAAACCAGAGAAGAUAAAGCCAUGUUGACAGGCUUAUAACCAGCUAGACAGGAUAAUGAGCAAUUUCCUUAGAUAUUUGCUGUUUUAACUAAUCAUCUAGUUUUGCUGCAUACAUAUAUAAUAUAAUUAGAGGCAAACUAUAUUUUCACUCUGACAACUGCUGCGUU